GACGGUUUAAUUGACUGACGUUGGUUAGUUCAAACCUACUUGCUCUCGACAUGAGAAUGAAUUGGCUUCGCUGGGCACAGCCUCCACGUGAUGGGAAAUCGCCAGUUGCGCAAAGUCAGGCAGUUUCAUUACGACCAAUAUCCCAUGCUCAGUGCUCCUUCCCGCCGAACCACCUACCUCAAGCUGAUAGUUGUAUCUGCCUGGAUAACGGAAGGAGCGUCCCUUCUCUCUCUUGCUGCGAAAAAGAGGCAAGAACGAAAGCCAAUGACUCGAUUCUAACUGUUUGACAGGCACUAGCGAAAUAAGGUUCAACGGCUGGGUACAUGGAUGCGGGUACAACGUCGAGAGCGCUUGCUUGGCAGAUGGAAUUGACUGAUGGAAACGCUGGAGGGGCUGCAUCUCCCAUCAGCCAACAGAACCUCUUUUUCGGGAUCUCUAUAUGUACGAUGAUGACUCGGAAUCCUCUGGGCGCAUGGGACCUGGCAGCAAGCGGUGGAAGGUACAGAGGGUUUAAUGAGCACGACACGAACCAGACGCGCGGAUGCCCGUCCACGACACGUCCAACGUCGGCCAAGCUUGGAGGCGGGGUUGUGAGUGGCCGGCCCACCCCUCCCGCGAACGGCCUCAGCCACUCAGUCGGAGGAUUCCCCCCAUCGUGAAAGCUGGGCAGAAACAACAACAACAACAUGCCCAAUCGAGAGAGAAACGCAAAACAGUCAUCGCGAAAGACUCAACAAUAUUUUCUCUCACCGUACCUCCCCUCUCCGUGUUUACCGUCAGAAGACCUCAUCUCCAGUGCCCCACUCCACCACCGCAAAGAUUAUAGGGAGGGGUUGGUAUCAUUUGAGUGUGCGCUCACAGAGGGGGGCACUCGGACCCGUUGAGUGUGAGGUCGAGAUGAGGGGUUGUGCUGCUGCGUUGACGAUAGCAUACAAUCAUACCUUGCUAAACCAGACCAGGUUGAUACUGAUAGCCAUCCACUGCUAUCCCAACCUCCACGGACUAUGUGAAGGAUAUGAAUAGGACCUAGUAGCUGAGUGUGGGGUCUACCUACAUCAUGGGACAACAUGCCAGACGAGAGCUUCCAAAAGUUCUAUAGGGACGGGGAGACAAUGGGGAAUCAAGGGCUGGGGCUUGUUUUUAGAGGAAAGCACGUGAAUGGCCAUGUGGAAAAGACGGUAAAGAUUUGGGUGAGCUGUAUGCAUUCCUGGCGUCGGCUGGCAGUUCCAGGGAGGAGAGGAAGCUGGAGAUGUUGUUUUAGGCGCCGCCAAGUUUCACAGCGUAGAGACAGCCACAGGCAGCCCAGCGAGGUCACUGCUGUGUUUGGAUGGUCCGUGCCCCCUCGAGCAUUCGAGCAAGGGUCUCGCUUGUUUGGAAUCGGCUAAUCAACGGCUUAGCGCGACUGUCGUCCGUCGCCCGCGCUCUCCCGCUUCAGAGGGCUUCUGUCUCUGCCUUCAGAGGGUUGGCCUUCUGUGCUUCGCCAACUUCCAUCACCACACACACUUCGAGCUGUCGACGCCAUCCCUCCCAACCUCACGGCCUGACGAAUGCCUAGCAUUAUUCCGGUAGCCCUACCUUUGCAGAGGAUUGUCUGUCGACUUUAGAGUUUGCGAGAUUGUGGUUGUGGCGCUGCCAUUUAUUCGAGUCUAUCGGACCGCUGUUGUCUCCUAUUAAGAGAGCUCCCGUUGCCCAGUCGCCCUGCCGCUCCUUGCGAUUGUUGUUCCCCAAGACAAGCAAAGAGACGAGAUCGCGACUUCUCCCACAGCAGCACAACAAUACCAUCGCUCGGCCCACAAAAGCUGUCUAUGCGACUAUUCACUUCUUGCGAAAACUGUUUCCCCCGCAUUUCAUCGCUGUCCCGCAACAAUCGCGCGUUCUUUGUCCUGCGACCGACUCUUCCGACUUCACCUCUCACUACACCCGCCUCUCGUCCGACUCCAAUCCAGCCUAUGCAAAGCGCGCCUAUCGCCAAACCCGCGCGGCAAUCAAUUUCUGUGAAUUUGGAAAAGGGGCGCUGAGGAUCAAAACAAGAGAAGCAUGGGUAUCAACGGCGACGUUUCAAACGGCGCUGCAUUAUCUCCCACCAUGAAGAGGCCAAUCCAGGAGUCACACAGUUCGGCCGCCGCCAGUCCAAGGUUGUCGACGCCUCCCCCGCCAGGUGAACGUCUGAAGGUGGAACCGUCGCAUGCCGGAAGUUUGAGAAAUGGACGGUCGAGUUCAAGAUCCACCGACAUUGGGCUGGAUGCCGUCGACCACGCGCUGCGGCGGGAAAUCGGUCGGCAGCACCGAGAAAGCACACCUGGAGCUAGUCCGAGUAGGAAACGGCAAAGGAUCAACGGUGACCGCUUUAUUCCCACGCGGUCUGGCCAAGACCUACAGGCAAGUUUCAGUCUCUUGCAUGAAGAUGGGUCGCCCGCGACCCCAUCAAGACAAAAGAAGCGGACUCCGCAUGGGGAGCUUCACUAUCAGAGAACUGAGGAGGCAAAUCGGACAUUCUCCCGCCUGCUGCGGACAGAGUUGUUUGAGAAUUCGAUACCACAGGUGUCACCGCCUUCCAUGUCACCAGAGCACAACAGGCUCUCCCACGGCCAUGCCACCAGAUCACACACCCCACCAAACGGGCCACCACCAUCAUCUUUGCCAUCAAAUUUGACACCAUCCACACCACACAAGAAUCUGUUCUCCUACAUGUCGCCUCGUCACAGCAUUGCAGGCCAUCCAACACCUUCAAGGACGCCACAAAGUCGACACGGGCCCAACUUGGACACCCGGUCCGAAGUGUACAGCUUAUCGCCAGUGAGAUAUGGGAGUCAGCAACUGCUCCUCAGCCCACGGCGACAACCGCGUGCCGUGAGCAAGGUUCCGUAUAAGGUGUUGGAUGCUCCCGAGCUCGCAGAUGACUUUUACCUCAACCUCGUUGACUGGGGCAACGCAAAUGUAUUAGGCGUCGGCCUGGGAUCGAGCGUGUACAUGUGGAACGCCCAGACCAGUCGCGUCAACAAGCUCUGCACGUUAGAAGACGACACCGUUACGAGCGUGUCGUGGAUACAAAAGGGCACACACAUUGCCAUCGGAACUGGAAAGGGCCUAGUGCAAAUCUGGGAUGCGGAGCGGCAGCGAAGGUUGAGGACUAUGGUAGGCCACACUAACCGUGUGGGUGCUCUGGCCUGGAACACGCACAUCCUCACCUCUGGCUCACGGGAUCGGUCCAUAUACCACCGUGAUGUGCGAGCCCCAGAUCCGUGGAUGAGGAAGCUAGUCGGGCACAAGCAGGAAGUGUGCGGACUAAAAUGGAACUGCGAGGAUGGGCAGCUGGCGAGUGGAGGGAACGACAACAAACUAAUGGUUUGGGAUAAGCUCUCGGACUCGCCACUGUGGAAGUUUUCGGACCACACCGCCGCGGUGAAGGCGAUUGCUUGGAGCCCUCACCAACGUGGACUGUUGGCUUCCGGUGGCGGUACGGCCGACCGCCGGAUCAUUUUCCACGAUACGGUGAGGGGGACCGUUGUCAAUGAGAUUGACACGGGGAGCCAGGUUUGCAACUUGGCGUGGAGCAAGAACUCGAACGAGAUUGUCUCGACGCAUGGGUACAGCCAGAACCAGAUUGUGGUGUGGAAGUACCCGAGCAUGACGCAGGUGGCGAGUUUGACGGGGCACACUUAUCGGGUGCUGUACCUGGCUAUGAGCCCGGACGGGAGGGUGGUGGUCACGGGGGCGGGAGACGAGACGUUGAGGUUUUGGAACGUGUUUGGGAAGAGGGGUGGGAGGAUGGGGGAGGAUGGGGAGGGGGGCGGGGGAAGUAUAAGGUUGCAGGAGUGGGGGGUUAUUAGGUGAAAGGGUUAGUGACUUUCACAUGCUUUCUUGAGCCAGACGACGAACAAGUGGCUUUUGGAGUUGGGGGCGGGGGAAUCAGCGGGAAGAAAGUGUUUUAUCUUUGCUUGCAGCGAGCAGGAGAUGGAUUUUUCUCUCUUUUUCUCUCAAUUGAGUUUUGUUAGUUUCUCCUCCCCUUUUUCCACAUAUGGAAGGGGCAAGCGACUGACAGGUUUUUUUUAGUGUACACCAUGACACGAAACUUACGAGGUGGAUGACACACGACGACGACAACACUUGGGGGAUAAACGGAACUCUUUCAAUCAAAAGCAAGGGUGUUGGGUGUUUGGUGGUGGUGGUGGUGGUGGUGUUGAUGAUGAUGGUGUCUCUGGUGUGGCUUUGGGUCGGUGGGUCGGUUGGGGUUAAAGGGAUCAAUCGAUCAUCAUGGAUAUGGAAGGGGGGAUUGAUGGAUGGAAUGGAGCUGGCUGGGUAACAUGGGA